UUACAAUUCCAUUGAAACAAACCACAGACACAGUUUCAUUUUUAGCCCAAAUAAUGGAACAAAAUGACACUACUACUAUAGAGAUGUCAGCCAUGGAAAUUCACAAAGUUGCUCCUCCCCCACAUAAAACCACUUUGCAAAAACUGAAAACUAGGCUUAAAGAAACUUUUUUCCCUGAUGAUCCUUUGAGACAAUUCAAAGGACAGCCAUUGAAAAAGAAACUAAUUCUUGGAGCUCAGUAUGUUUUUCCCAUAUUAGAAUGGGGUCCUAAUUACAGUUUGAAAUUGCUCAAAUCUGAUAUUGUUUCUGGUCUCACCAUUGCCAGUUUAGCCAUUCCUCAGGGGAUUAGCUAUGCAAAGCUAGCUAAUUUACCUCCCAUUGUUGGUCUAUAUUCAAGUUUUGUUCCACCCCUAGUGUAUGCUGUACUUGGAAGUUCAAGGGAUCUAGCAGUAGGUCCAGUUUCAAUUGCAUCACUUGUUCUUGGAUCAAUGCUAAGAGAAGUGGUUUCCCCUACAAAAGAUCCAAUCUUGUUUCUUCAACUUGCCUUCUCUUCUACUUUCUUUGCUGGCCUUUUCCAAGCUUCUUUAGGCUUUUUAAGGUAAUCUCACUCUCUUUCC